GUCCAAAAAUCGUUCAUUUACGAGAAGGACACGACUGAGAAUAGGACCUUUAUUCACGCGGCUAGCAGAAGACGUUUUGGCUUUUUAAACUUACAUUGAGGCCAGCAUGCUUUCCCACCACCAAAAUGCAAGUGAAACGAGACAUUAUGUCAUUUUCGUCCUUCUAUUUCUUGGACUAUUUCAUUCGAUCUCUGGUCAAAUCAGUGUAAAGGAUAAGAGACAGUUAGUGAAUUCUUGCAUCGAUGGUAACAAUCACAAACGAGAACCUGGCCCAGAAGAUUCUUUGCACAAACAGUGCCUACCAUGGAAAAACAAUUCUUGUUGCACAGGAAACACGACAGUUCAUGCUCAUGGAGGGAAAAUGUAUGGCUUCAACUACAACCACUGUCCCAACAGAAAAAUGUCGAGCAAAUGUCUAGAACAUUUUGUUCAAGAUUUAUGCUUUUAUGAAUGCUCGCCUAAUGUUGGACCAUGGAUGCAAACGGUAAACAUGAAAAUGCGCAGAGAAAGGUUCUUGGACGUGCCUCUUUGCGCCACUGAUUGUGAUGAUUGGUUCAAUGCUUGCAAGGAUGAUUACACAUGUACAGACAAUUGGACAUUAAACUUCAAAUGGAUUAAUGGGACCAAUCACUGCCGACCUGAAUCCGAAUGUCGCACCUUUUCCGAUAUCUUUCAAAACUCAUCUAAUUUUUGUGAAAGGGUUUGGGAUCAUUCGUGGAAGUAUACCAAUAAUUCAGAGCCCUGCAUGCGUAUUUGGUUUGACGGUGAUCAAGGCAAUCCUAACGAAAAUAUUGCACGAUGGAAAAUCCAACAAAGUAACAGUGCGGAAACGUUUUCAACGAAGCCGCUUACAUACGUACUCCCCGCCUUGAUGUUGUUUCUAAACUACUAGAAUAGAGAAAUUGCGUUCUCAUUUUCAUUGUAAAAGAAAGCAUGUAUUAAAUAGUUGAUCAUAA